AAAGGCUGUGUGCUAGUGUUCAGCCCGCUCUGUGAAGCCAUGCAGGGUCGCACUGUCAUGCUGUUGGCUGCAGCCUUGCUGGGAGCCUUUGUUUGGCAAAGUGCCUUCGUCCAGACCUCUGGCACCGGCGCCAAGGUCAGCAACCAUGCCCAGGUCAGUGCUCAGGGCCGCCUGCCGGAGAUGAUGGAAUCUCAGGAUGAGGGCGUGAACUCCUUUGUGUCACUCGGCUGCGGAAUCUUGGCCGGUCUCGUCGUGGCUGUGGCCGGUGCAUCCCCAGCCUUGGCUCAGAGAAACCAGUUCGGCUUCACCACUGGCAUGGAUGAGGAAGUGAAGAAACUUGAUGUGGGUGCCAAGUCAUCUGGCCUUUUGUCCCAGCUGGGCAGCACUUCCGGCGACCCCAAGUGGGACCCCAAGGAGAAGAUGGUCUACCCCUGGGGCGGGGGCAACAUCAAGGAGAUUGACUCCGAACUCAAGGCCCGUGAGGCCUUGAAGGAACCCAAGAGCUCUUGAGGCUAGCUCUUACAGCCAGAGUUUUUUAUCCAUAUUGAUCCGGAUUAAAGUGUCAGAAAAA